CCGGGCGCGGGGGAGCGGCGGAGCCCUCCGCCCGCCGGGUGCAUGGACAGGAGCUCCCUGCUGCAGCUCAUCCAGGAGCAGCUCGACCCCGAGAACACCGGCUUCAUCGGGGUGGAGACGUUCGCCAGCCUGGUGCACAGCCAUGAGCUGCCCCUGGACCCCGCCAAGCUCGACAUGCUGGUGGCCCUGGCACAGGGCAACGACGAGGGGCAGGUCUGCUAUCAGGAGCUGGUAGACCUGAUCAGCAGCAAGCGCUCCAGCAGCUUCAAGCGAGCCAUCGCCAACGGGCAGCGGGCGCUGCCCCGGGACGUCCUGCUGGACGAGACCGGCCUCGGCAUCUACAAACGCUUCGUCCGCUACGUGGCCUAUGAGAUCUUGCCCUGCGAGAUGGACCGGCGCUGGUACUUCUACCAGCACCGCACCUGCCCGCCCCCCGUCUUCAUGGCAGCCGUCACCCUGACCCAGAUCAUCGUGUUCCUGUGCUACGGGGCCCGGCUGAACAAGUGGGUGCUGCAGACCUACCACCCCGAGUACAUGAAGAGCCCCCUGGUCUAUCACCCCGGGCACCGGGCACGCGCCUGGCGCUUCCUCACCUACAUGUUCAUGCACGUGGGGCUGGAGCAGCUGGGGUUCAACGCCCUCCUGCAGCUGAUGAUCGGGGUGCCCCUGGAGAUGGUGCACGGCAUCCUGCGCAUCAGCUUCCUCUACCUGGCCGGGGUCCUGGCAGGCUCCCUCACCGUCUCCAUCACGGACAUGAGGGCCCCCCUGGUCGGGGGCUCGGGGGGGGUCUAUGCCCUCUGCUCUGCUCACCUCGCCAACGUCGUCAUGAACUGGGCCGGGAUGCGCUGUCCCUACAAGCUGCUGCGGAUGGUUCUGGCGCUGGUUUGCAUGAGCUCCGAGGUUGGUCGCGCUGUCUGGCUCCGCUUCUCGCCGCCGCUGCCGGCCUCGGGCCCCCAGCCCAGCUUCAUGGCACACCUGGCAGGGGCCAUCGUGGGCAUCAGCAUGGGGCUGACCAUCCUGCGCAGCUACGAGGAGAGCCUGCAGGACCAGUGCGGCUGGUGGGUGCUGCUGCUGUCCUACGGCACCUUCCUGCUCUUCGCCGUCUUCUGGAACAUCUUCGCCUACGACCUGCUGGGGGCACAGAUCCCGCCCCCGCCCUAG